AACCGUGGGGGUGGUGCCCAGCCACACACAGCGAGCAACGCCCGCAACCGUCGUAACUCCCGGCUAAAUCCGGCAUCCCGUCGCCGCCUUUUAAAGCGCGCGCGCGCCGCCGCGCCUCUCGUCCCGCUCCACAGACUCCAGCGAGAAGGAAAAAACUCACGUACCGACGUUCGUGCCGCCUCCACACCACCCGCCCUGUACAGCAUAACCAGCACGGUCAUGGCGCCGUCCGCGCGUGUGUCGCUGAUGCUCGCCGCGGCGCUCGCGUGCGCGCUGCUCGCCACAAGGCAUGCAGAUGCCGUCUCGGCCGGCGGCGGCGCGCCGGCCCCCGCUCCCGGCGGCUUGGCGUGCAAUCCGCUCCAGGACAAGACGUGCAAGCCGGGGGACCCCAAGGCGCCCGAGAACACGGAGGAGGAGGGCGGGUUCGGCGCGAGGCUGCCGUCCCUGACAUCGCUGCCCAUCCCGGGCCUCGGCAAGAUCGACCGCGACGGCGAUGGGGACACCGACGAGGACGACGAGCUGCCGUCGUUCGACACCCACAUGACCAUCCUCGGCCACUGAGAGGAAGCGCUGACGAUCCAAGCCUGACUUCUAAGCGCAUGGCUGUAUCUUCUUGCAUUUUGCGUUGCCUUUGUAGUUGUGUUGCCACGAUGAUUCCCAAUAGCUGAUGAUUCCCAGAAGAAAAAAAGAGAAAAGAAAAGGAAGAGAUGAGAAAGUGAGCGUGCCACGAUGAUUCCCAAUAGCUGAUGAAAAACUUUGCUAGUUGCUCCUGUUAAUAUCGUUGAAGUUCAGAAACAAGUUCUAAAUUCGAAUCGAUUUGGCCUCGUUUUGAUCUUCCUAUUGUUGGCCAUGGGAUAUUUGGGGUGGGAGGCAACUAAACUGUUUCCUUCUUUUCGUUUAUUUUACCCAAAUAAUAAAUAUC